AUGGCGGGCAUGGUGGCCGCGCUCGGGGUGGCCAUGGCGCGCGGCAAGGAGGAGGCGCUUCCUCGAGUCACUCACGUGGUCGAGCAUGGAGCGGCAUGGAGGUCGGGGAGAAUAUUCAAGGGCGACGCCUUGGUCUCCAUAGCAGGACAUAACGUGUCUGGGAUGAGCAUGGAAGAGAUUUCUCGUGUUGUUGAUAGCAUUGAGCGGCAAGACAUCAACGUUGAAAUGUUGUGUCUCGAUGGAAGGUCAAAGUUUGUGAUGUUAAACACAAGCGCAGAAGACCGCAGGCAUCCAUCGCAAUUCACUGAGCAUGAGAGGGGAACACGACAAUCAAAUCAGAGAUGGCUCAGUCAAGGUCAAGGUCAGGAUACGGCCAUGGUAGAUAUGAUGACCAAGCUUGUUCGCCUUCAGAAGUUUGUGAAAAGGAAACCAGUCAUCUCAGCAUUCGAAGCAUGGAUCGACAAGACUCACGAGCUGAUACGCGUGCGAGAAUUAUGCAAUAGAAUAGUUCAUCGUAUGAAAGGCUCGUCAACUGCGAGAUACUUCAUGGGUUGGAUGUACCUGGUCCAAGAGCGGAUUAGAAUCAGGGAGUGGUAUGCAGGACAUGAGGAGAAGAUCAGGAGCAAGAGACAAUCUUCUCUGGGGUUCGACUCCUUUUGUCGUUGGCGGCUAGGCUGUGCAGUCAGCAAUCCUUGGGGUCUUGUUUUCAGCUGGGAGCUUGACACGUCUGAGGUAGACUUCGUUGUGACAGCAAUACAGCGCAGGAAGGCAUUUGGUUCCCCAUAUGAGGAGUGUGCAGUUGGACUAGACUUUCCUGCCUUGGAAGGAAUGACAGUGAGAUUGAGUUCUCAGGGUCGCUCUGCGCUCAAUGGCAUGAACUUUCGAACUCGAGGAGAGGAGGGGCCUGGGGUUGUUCUGCAAGCCAACGAGGGGGAGGUAGUCGUAGUGCAGUGGAUAAACAGCGGGAGGAUCAAGAGCUACUGCACAGGACACUGCUUUCAAUUCUGGUUGACACCUGCCACCGCAAGCAUGAGUGAAGGGACAGGAAAUCUUCAUCUUGUCUUAAAGUUUCCAAGGUCGACUCCAUGGUCGAUGGGACAGUACGAAGAUGAGGAUGGUUUCCUUCAUUCGCCGAUAGGCUGCUCACCAGAGAAGGCAAGAAUCUUGCAAUACGUGAAGGCGAGAUUAAUCAGAGAUCACUACUUGAGACAGAAAGCGUCGAGUGUGCUGCAGAGCUUCUGGGUUGGAAGAAUGUGCCGGCAACGCUACAUCCUGAUGGCCAGACAAAUAUGCGUGCUGCAGAGGAUAGCUGUGUCUUGUGCGACAAGGAGCAUCGUUCAACUCCCUCUCCUGUUGGAAGAGCGAGACAAGAUCAGGAACGAGUCGGCAAGCACGCUGCAGGCAAGCCUGCGAGCAGAGAUGGCUUCCAGGAAUGUUGUGAAGUUGAAGGCUGUUGUGAACUCGGUGGUGAGAAGAAGGAGCUUCGUCGAAAGGCAAACGAGCGCAAAAUCGUUGACAAGAGCUUGCUCAAGAGCGCUGGUUCAAAUCCUUACGCGGAGGAUGAUAGUCGUCGAGCGGUCCGUUGAGAUCAUAGGUAUCAGUGCGUUGAGAACAAUCAGCCGCAGGAGACAUGCGGAGACGAUUGAAAGUUCUGCUCUACUCGUGUCCUUGGCCCGGGCAAGACAGUCAAAGAGUGACUACCAGCGGACUCGGUCUGCAGUAUCCUCCCUCCAAGCAAUGGUACGACGGGGUAGCGCAAGCAGGAGGUACUGCGAUGGUUGGGUGGAGGCUGCAGUGAAGGGGAUGGUCGAGGCUGUCGCAUCCUCGUGUGCUACCGUCCUCCAGGCUGCGGUCAGGAGGCGACUCGCCAUCGACAGGAAGGAGAAGCUGCGGAUUUCUGUGAAAUUUCUCUCCGUCUGUUUCGUCCGGACGAAAUUCCGUCUGCAAUGGCUGACCAUCGUCCGUGCUGCCGUCCGCCUGCAGGCCAGCUGCAACUUCGCGCUGAACAGGAUUGGAGAGGACGGGAUUCGUUUCCUGAGCAGAUUCUUGUGGAGGCGAGUGAGGAGGACGAGGCUCCUUUGCCGGCUGCAGGCAGCGCUAAGGAUGGGUGUAGCUUCGACUGAGCACAGGGCUCGACGAGCGGGGACCUGUGUGCUACAGGCGAAGCUGAGGAGGACGGUGAACAGGCUCGACUUCUCGAUGCAGGUGAGAGGAAGGCAUGAGCUUGCUGCCAAGGUCUGGCCGGUAGAGCGACUGCAAGCGUGCGCGAGGAGGAGGAUAAGUCCUCCGCUGCUGCUCAAGUGGUCGUUCAUGAACCCCCACGCUGUGAUGAGGGUCCUUCAAGCAGCUGCGAGGAGAACAGAGAGGAGGAGCAGGUACGCGCUACGUUUUGCUGCCUCGAUCACUCUCCAGGCCUGCCUGCGGUGUCGGCUGAUCCGCCUUCACUUCCUCUCUGCUCGGCUGUGGUGUGAGAGGAGGAAGCAGCCGUUCGACCGGCUCUUCUCCCGAGUCGUCGGGCAUUCGGUAGGGAAGGAGCAGCUGCGGGUCCAGGCAGGGAAGCAGCGGGGGAUGUGGAUGACGGAAGUCCCGCAAAUCCGGGAGAGAGCUCGAAGCCUGCUGGGGUCGGAGGCGGUCGGGGAGACUCUGAUGCAGACGGUGGAGAGGAGCGGGAGGGUGGAGGAGGCGAAAGUCUCCUGCCUCCUUCCCGCCAUCCCACACGCUUCGCUGCCCCACCAGGUCCGAGUCGUCAAGAGGAGCUUGAUGAAGCAGCAGCUCCCCUUCCUCCACGUGCCCAGGGACAGCACCAUCGUGAGGAGGCUGCGGGAGCAGGAGGCAGAGGUCGACCGCUGCUCGCACCGAGAACGCGAGCAAGGGAAGAUGGCGAGAGCGCUGCUGGAGGGCCAGGAGUCGCGAGUUCUACACUGCGAGCUGAGCAUGGCGGAAAGGCUGCAGGAGAGGAUCCAGAGCUCGAUGCUGGAGGAGGAGGUAGCGAAGCUGGAAAGGACCAGAGCUCUCAGCCAGACCGUCACCUUCAUGCCGCAAGGGCCGAGGGGCAACUCUCCCUGCUUCUCCCAUCCUCGUCGCAAGAUCAGUCUUCCUGCACCCGCAGAGGGGAAGCGUGUGCGUCGUUGGGAGAGGCAGGAGGGAGGAGAGGAAACGGAUGGGCGGCGGGGAGACAAGCACUCUCGUGAAGGUCAAGAACCUCUGGAUGAGGAAAACAGGCUCCUUCAGCAGAAGGAAGUGCAUGAGGAGCAGGAGCAGGAGCAGGAGCAGGAGCAGGAGCAGGAGCAAGAGCAGGAGCAGGAGCAGGAGCAGGAGCAGGAGCAGGAGCAGGAGCAGGAGCAGGAGCAGGAGCAAGUACGGCCUUCAUCAGCAGCUAUCCGUUACAAUGCCCUGAAGAGGAGGAGGCUGCAGAUCCAGCGGGAGGCGGAAGAGGCGAAGGAGAGGAGGCUGAAAUGGCUGCUGGCGGAGCUGGAGCAGGAGCAGGGGGGGCAGCAGCUGACGGUGAAGAGCGGGCAGGUGAUGCGCUGCCUUGCAGAAGCAGAGAUCGUAGAGGAGAGGAUGCGAACGAUGGUGCGAGGAGGAGCCAACGUCACGCUCCUGCUGAGGCUGUCGGAGCUGGUGCAGGAGAAGAGGGCCGAGGCAAUGCGGCUGAGCGCAGCGAUCAAGAUCCAGCGAUGGUUCCACAGCACCGUGAAGGGCUGGAGGGAGAAGAAGAGGAGGAGGGAGGAGGAGGUCAAGACCGCAAAGAGUAGGACGACGGUUAUGAGGACGCAGCGAUGGCUGGAGCAGCACGACGGGGAGGAGGCGAGCAGGGGCGCUUUGUCGCUGGUGAAUAUCAGGAGGAGCAAGAUGAAUCACGCGAGGAUAACGCGCAACGCCCCGACGGUGAGGAAGAGGGCGGCAGCGAAGCUGCAGGCGGCCGUGAGGAUGGAGGCGAGGAGGAGCGAGUUCAUGGAGUCCUUCUCCUCCCUCACCUUCCGCCGCCUCCUCUCCUCCAUCGUCACCCUCCAGUCCGCCUGCCGCCGCCUGCUCCUCCAGCAAGAGGCCCGCAGAAUCGCGCCAGCCAUCAUGAUCCUGCAAGGAAAAGUCCGGUGCUUCCUCGAGCGAGACGCAUACCACGAGAGCGUGAGGAGGAGGAUAGCAGAGGAGACGCUGCAGGUCAAGGCGAAGGCGGCAAGGCUGCUGCAGGGAGGGCUGAGGAGGCAGCUGAUGCGGCUGCGGAAGGAGCAGGAGAAGGUUCGGUUUGAGUCCGCCAUGAGGAUCGGAGAUCGGAUCAUCACGUAUGAAAGCAUCUUCCGGUGA